AUGGCAGACAACAAGCAACAGGCAAAAACCUACAAGCAAGCCGCAAACGACUACUACAACCAAAAAUACGAGACUUGGAUGCCUUGGAUCGAAGACCAGUAUCUGAAAUGGUUCACAAAAGAUAACAAGGCCAGCUACGCUGCCAAACAAAACCUCGACAAAACAAAGGUAACCGGCGUCUCGCAAGUUGACAAUCUCCAAGACGGCGUCAACGGCCUCGUAACGGGCCAAGUAGGCCAAGGCGGCCUCGCACAACCCAUCGGCGACGCGCUGUCGAAAGAAGGAAUCAAUCGUGCUGAGCGUGGUGGCAAGGACGAGCAAGGACGGCCGCUUGAAGGACAAGGCCCGUUAGGCGGGUAUGGACAGAGUGCUGUGGAGGGGGUCAAGGGGGGUGCGGGGAGUGUGACUGAGGGUGCGAAGAGUGCGGGGGGUUGGGUUGGAGGGUGGGUUGGUGGAGGAGGCGCGAAGAAAUAG